CCGGGCCGGCGGCUGCUCGGUCCCGCCGCGGACCCCGCGCUCCGCUCUCCCCAGGAUGCACCAGGACAUCACCGAGUUCUGCUGGGAUUGACCCGCAGUAGCACCAUCCCAGGGCUGAGUGGAACCAGAGGAGUGGGGAGCACUGAGCCUGGGCUGAGCACACCAUGGGGGCAAACACCUCCAGCAAGUCACCACCCUUCAGUGGGAACGAGGAUGUUACCUUCGACCAUUUUGAGAUUUUGCGAGCUAUUGGGAAGGGCAGCUUUGGAAAAGUCUGCGUGGUGCAAAAGACUGACACUAAGAAGAUGUACGCCAUGAAAUACAUGAACAAACAGAAGUGUGUGGAGCGUAAUGAAGUCAGAAAUGUUUUCAAGGAGCUGCAGAUUAUGCAGGGCCUGGAACACCCCUUCUUGGUUAAUUUAUGGUACUCGUUCCAGGAUGAAGAGGAUAUGUUCAUGGUUGUUGAUCUGCUGCUUGGAGGGGACCUGCGUUACCACCUCCAACAGAACGUGCGGUUCCAAGAGGGCACAGUGAAACUCUUCAUCUGUGAGCUGGUGCUGGCCCUCGACUACCUGCAGAGCAGGCACAUCAUCCACAGAGACAUCAAGCCCGACAACAUUUUGCUGGAUGAGCACGGACACGUGCACAUCACCGAUUUCAACAUCGCCACGAUGCUGACGAAGGAGAUCCACGUCACCACCAUCGCUGGCACAAAGCCCUACAUGGCACCUGAAAUGUUUAAUUCCACAAAACCCACUGGCUACUCCUUUGCCGUGGACUGGUGGUCACUGGGAGUCACUGCCUACGAGCUGCUGAGGACCCGGAGGCCGUAUCACAUUCGCUCCAGCACUUCCACAAACGAAAUCGCCCACGUGUUCAGGACAGCCAAGGUGAUGUACCCCGCCGCCUGGUCCCCGGACAUGGUGUCGCUGAUCAAGAAGUUGCUCGAGCUGAAUCCUGAGAAACGUUUUUCUCAGCUGAAGGACAUCCAGGCCUUCCCCUAUCUGUCUGAUGUGAACUGGGAUGCUGUUCUCCAGAAAAGGAUAAUGCCAGAAUUCAUUCCCACAAAAGGAAGACUAAACUGUGACCCAACCUUUGAACUGGAAGAAAUGAUUCUGGAAUCCAAACCUCUUCAUAAAAAAAAAAAGCGCUUGGCUAAGAAGGAGAAAGGCACCAGCAAAAGCAAUUCCUCCCAGGCCAGCCACAUCCAGAAGCACCUGGAGAUGCUCCAGAGGGACUUCAUUGUUUUUAACAGAGAAAAGGUGAGACACCACCAUGACAGCAUCCAGGAGACCACACCACUGACAAAAAGCGGAGGCACAUACAGGGAGGACAACCAGAACAACAACCUCUGAGAGCAGCAUGGCCCCUGCAGGAGACCUCCAGGUGGGGCUGGGGCUUGCCCACCCACCCAUCGUCACCAUGUCAGACCGUGGACUCGUCCUCUGCUGCCGGGACCCUGCCAGUAGCCCAGGGCACCAGGGGGAGUUGGGGCACCCACCCCCUCAACCUGCCACCCCACAGCCAGAGGGUCCUGGGUGUGGGGGGAGAGGCUGUGGGUGCUGCCUUGCAAUUGUCCACAGUCAGUUAGGCUCAGAUCCUAUUAUGCUGCCUUUCCUGAUGGCAGGAAUGUGGCCAUGUGACAAUGGAUGAGACAGUAUCCACCCUUCCGGCUUGGCUGGCUGGUGCCACAGCCCUUGGUGCCCCCUGUGCUCAGAGAUGUCACCAAGUCAGCUGCAGUGCUGGGGCCACAACAGCAUAGUGGGUGAGGGCUCUGCAGAGGUUGGGACCUCGGCAUGGAUGGGCUGCUCCAGGGGGAAGAGGCGACUCCCAGGUGCAGGGUCUCCACCAGUGCACAGUGACAAGAGUGGCCUUUGCUUACAGACAGCUCCUGUGAACACCCCGUGAGGGUGGGCAUGGGGGGCUGGCAGUGGCAAUGAGGUCCUUCCUUAGCUGGGAAGAGGUUUCCUGUCCCUUUCCCUCUCCACAUACCCAGCAGGGCUGGCAUGGCCUGAGUGUGCAGAUAGAUGUGACACCAAGAGGUAACAACCAGGCAAUGACAAAUCCAGAUGCUUUUCCAGCAUGAAAAAUGCCUGAAAAAUCCAUUCACCAUCAUGUUAAACUGCUGCCACCAGAGGGAAAUUUUAAUGUGUAUUUUUAAUCUCUCUACCAUUGAAAUCACACUUGAUUUAAACAGGGACUGUUUGCAGGAAUGGCCACACUGCUGGUGUGGUCUUGGCCAAGACUAAGAUUGGCCAAGGAGUUUCUACUGCAGUAAUGCUGGGAAUGAUGCUAUUAUUUAAAUGCUUUGGCAGGCCUGAUGUUUCCUCUCCUUCUUUGACAUUUUUCCUAUUCUCAGUAAUAUAGCAAAUGUGUGAUGAACUCUUUGCCUCCUAUUUACCCAAAGGGACACAUCCUGUCUGGGUGGAAUUAGUUCAGCAGUAAGUAGGUAGUGAAGCCCUCAAAGUAGGGUCAUUGCCAUGGGAAAGUCACCAUGUCCUGCUCAGUCACAGCACACCCUGACUAGUGUUCUUGCUGUGUUCUUGCCCUCCUCUUCCCCAGCCAUCCUCUUUCGAGCAAUAGGAUUGCUGAGCAGGAUGGGGGCUCUGUGUC